CAUCAGUCAACAAGCUGUCCAGUUUUUAUCAUGUCUGAGCACAUCGUCGAUAGCCAAAUGGAAUACUUCCUGGCGAUACUUCCAUUGUUGGAUAACAUAAACUGGUCCGUCCAACAGCUUGGACCGUCCUUCCAACAAAUCGAGCAGCCGUUUCAGCACGUUCAACAGUCGAUCCACCAGAUCCAGCAAUCUAUUCAGGAACUACAACAGCCCUUCCAGAAGCUCCAACAGAACUUCCAGCAUCUUGAUGAGUCCAUUCAGAAGCUCCAGCAGUGCUUCCAUCAGUCUCAACAACCCUUUCAUCAACUGGAACUGGAACAACAGCUCCAACGACUUCAACAAGUCGUCACCCGGCAGAUCGAGCGAAUAGAUAAGGAACGGAGCCGCCGUGAUAAACUCAAAGAGGGAGGAUACAACAAGUCAGAUACGGAAGACGUUGAAAUGAGCGACAUUUAG